UUUAGUGGUCACGUGAUCUGUGAUGUCAUUACAUGGCGACGAGUUGAAUGCAAUAUCAUCCAGUUCCCUCUAUAUUCGGCUAUUAUUGUCAAUCGGUGUACAUAUUUCGUCUGACUCUUUAGUAUAGUGCAGCCACCAUGAUUAUUACCUUGAAGAAUCUCCAACAACAGACAUUUACCGUCGAAAUAGAUCCGACUCAGACGGUGAAGAACCUUAAAGAUCAGAUUGAGCUGUCGAAGGGCAAAGACUAUGCUGCUGAAAAUCAGAGACUCAUUUAUGCCGGGAAAAUUCUCUCUGAUGAAAGUCAGCUAAAGGAGUACAAUAUUGAUGAAAAAAAAUUCAUAGUGGUAAUGGUCACUAAACCUAAGGCUGCAUCUCAAGCAUCUGCAGGCCCCAGUGACCCUACUGCAACUGCUGCUGGAGAUAGUGACAACAAGGAUAGCAAAGACAGCAAAGACAGUGGAGGACAGUCAUCAUCUGCUUCUCCCACUAGUGCUCAAACUAAUACACCUUCAACAGGUGGAUCAUCUUCGACCACAGGUAGCACUUCAGCUCCUACAGCCACAAUAACAUCGGCUGAAUCUGCCCUGCUUGUUGGUGAUGCUUACAAUCAAAUGGUGCAAAAUAUAGUAGAUAUGGGAUAUGAUAGAGAUCAGGUAGAGCAAGCUCUGCGAGCAUCUUUCAACAACCCUGAUAGAGCAGUUGAAUAUCUCAUAAAUGGUAUUCCGGCCCAAGCUUUGGAUGCUGUUCCUCAGGAUGCAGGUCAAGAUGAUGCUGAUCCAGACCCAGCACCACCUUCCUCUCCAGCAGGUACAGAUGAACCUUUGGCAUUCCUGCGGUCACAGCCACAGUUCCAACAAAUGCGCCAGAUUAUCCAGUCAAACCCUCAGCUUCUAAACACAGUGCUGCAACAGAUUGGUCAGACAAACCCUGCACUCCUCCAGCUUAUCUCCCAAAAUCAAGAGGCUUUUGUGAAUAUGCUCAAUGAACCUGCAGGGAGCGCACCUGCGGCGCCCUCAGAUGGAUCUGGUAGUGCUAAUGAGCCUGCAGUACCAGCUGCUGGCAGGGGUGGUGGGGGAAGAGGGGGCAAUGCAUUUGAAGAUGCACCCGGUGUCAUUCAAAUUUCUGCUCAGGACAGGGAAGCAAUUGAGAGGUUAAAGGCCUUAGGGUUCCCAGAACACCUUGUAAUUCAAGCAUACUUCGCCUGUGAGAAAAACGAAAAUUUGGCUGCAAAUUUUUUACUUUCACAGAAUAUGGACGACUGAUCAAUAACCACAAAAUUUGUUUGCCAUUUAUAUUUUACCGAAUUUCUCAGUUCUUCAAUACUUGAAACUAUCUUAGUCAUUUUCCCUUAGUUUUCCUACAGUGAAGCAGAUUUAUUGGGCUGUGUUUAACUGACAAAUUAUGUGACAAAUCAGAUGAAAGCGGCAAAUCUGUCAACUUUGUAUGAAUUUCAUCAUUGUUUUCUUCAUAAUAUCCCAGUGUUUAAUGUAAUUUCCUUCACUGGUGCCACACUGCAGUCUUUCCCUAUUCAAUCUGUUUCGUCACAUAUCUUAAUAAAUUAAUAAGGUUUGUUUUUUAAUUCUAUGAUUAAUUUCUUUCUGUUGUGUGUAAUAAUUCAAUUGUAUUCACAUGCUCUAUGGUUGACACAACUUGCUGCCUUAAAUGACUGCUGGUAUGUCAUCCUCUACUGAUGUUAGUGUAGGUGUGUACUGAAGAAACUAUCCUGUUAAGUCUGUAAAAUUUUGUAUAUAAUACCAUGACAGUGGUUCUUACAGUCUAGCCAAAGUUAUUGUGCCUUAGCACUAAACUGGAAAAGUCACUGAAGUACUAAGGACAAAUGGAGGCAAAGCAAACGUAACAUACAUCUUGGAAACAUUACCCUGAUUAAGAAUUGUCUUACCAAUGAAAAACAAAUUAAAUCUGCGUGGUGUUUCUUUACAUGAACAUUAACAUACAUGCAUUAUUAUCAAGAACGAUAUUAGCUAGGAAUUUCAUUGAAUUAAGAGGUGUACCUGGCUGGGCUGUAAGUCUGUGUAAAAUUGUUUAGCAUUAAUAUUAAAGAGUAUGUUAUGUCAUUUUGCUACAAGUCUGUUUUAUAAGCCAAUGGUUUACCGUUUUAUUAUUUAAUAAACAGGAAAAUUCA